AUGUCUCAAGCGCGAAGUGCCACAUUCCGUGAAGAACCCCCGCGAAUUCCAUUGACCAUCUCUCCGAUCUCAUCAACUGCUGAUUGGUUUUCGAGGCCUGAGCUUCUGCGCUCACAGACCAGCGAAAGGCAGGGUCUACUCCAAACGGAGGGAGAAGCCUCGUCGCAGAUCUCAAUCAACCAAGCAACAGAUAGGGUUCCGUCCCUAGGACAGUCCACGGAAAGGAAGCUCAGCGAAGAGCCGCCGGUCACGGUGGUGCCGCCAGCAGGACCAUCCAGUCCAACAGUUUCAGCCCUUGAUAGCGAACGGCCUGAGAAUGCUGGGGUGUUAAGCCGCUCUAUCAGUCAACUGACCGGACCCACGACUGUAUAUUCUCCCACAGAGCCGCAUCAACGAGACCACGGGAGUUCACAAGCAGAACUGAAACCUACGCUCUUCCAAAUACAGAAGGCCGCUGUGCAUCAGGAGCCUACUGGAGAACAAUCAUCUGGUGCUGCCAGCCAGGCGAACGCACGUCCAGACGGCUCGAGGUUGGACAUUGUAUCUAGUGACGGAGAUCUACGUGUGCAACAUGAUCGACCGCAUUCAAUAGUCUCGGACGUUUCCAGUAUUGGACCGGUCCCAGAGAAUGCUGCUGGAUUACAUACGACACGGAGUAUAUCCCCAGCAGAUCCAUCCCCGGGCGUUUCCGAAACGGAUCAGAAUGAAGAAGCGACAAUGUCACAUCAAGGCUUGGAGUCAUCUAAUGUGGCAGGCUCCGAACCAUCAACCGCAAUCGUCGUUGGUCAGGAUACUCGACCUUCGCUCGAACAGCUGCCGCCGCCACCUGGCAUAGAUGAACCAUACAUUACUCCAGAAGAAGUGGGAAUGCACGUUGAGACGACCGCGCCUCGUGGGAGCCUUGAGAAGGACGCUCAGAACCAUACACAGCAAGAACAAGUGCCCGAGACUGACCGGACGCGGCCUUUCUCGUUUGCAGGACCAGAAGGGAUUGGCCAGACCCAUGGAUUCUCCCCGGCUGAAGGGGAUCUAAGCAGGGAAACUGCGCAAUUGAGCCCUGCUACCCGUACGUUUAGCAAUCAGUCCUUGAGCAAGGAAGCUUCCAGGAUCGACGCGGGUGAUGCCCAAGGUCAAUCAAAUAUCCUUGCACACAGACAGUCCAGGUCAUAUUCUCGACCUUUUGGGGCUGACCCGGCCGUUACAAAUCAACCUCCUCUCAGGUCAGGAGAGCUUGUGCAACCGCCUGGUGACAGAAUGCAGAACCCCCUUCCCAGUGCAAGGCGCCCCCAGGAUGGAGUGGAGCGUAUGCAUUAUCAGAGGCAAGACCAGCAGGUCGAGGAGGGCUUAUCGCAAAUGGGAUCAAGAUCGGCCGCGGAGGAAGGAUAUCGCAUACCGGGACCGUAUGUCCAGGAAUACCGAUCGCCCAAGCACAUUUCGACACCAAAGUCUGCUCGCAGUCAGACACAAGUGCUGGCGAGUGGAGAGCCUUUACCGAGUGCUCUACGAGCUCAACAUCGCACUGGGCAGUCACCACGGCCCACGAGACCGUUCAGCACCUCCUACGGGCCAGACGAGCAGCGUAUGUCCCAAUCUUACCAGAUCCCGGAAGAUACAGCUGUAGCCACAGGCCACCCCGACAAUCGUGAUUUUCAAUAUCAAUACGACCUCAAGCCCAAAGCCCUGCAUCAAGAGCAGGUCCAACCGGCUGGACGACAGUCCAUGAGUGUCCCUCGUCCGCAGUCAAUGAGCGAUUCAGCCCAGCAACGGCAAUCAUUAGUAUAUCCACCUCCCCAGCGUCAGUCAAUGGGUCCACCUCCGGUACCGGCUCAACAUCAACAUCAACCUCAAUCCCAACCUCCACCUCAAUCUCAACCACCGGUCACAUCAUCUCCUGCAACCAAACGUCCAAAGAAAGGAUUUUUCGGCGCAUUGUUCGGUUCUAGCAGCUCGGGGCGGUCAAGGUUACAGAAGGAUGUCGGCCCCGACCAAAGUGGUAGCGGUCAUCACAAAGAGAAACGCAAUAGUCUAUUCCGUCGGAAUAGCCGCCAUGACAGUAUCUCAUCGCAGCAGAGCAGUCUGUAUCAGGAUCAGACCGGUCAACUGCCACCUGCAAACCUGCAGUCACUGUCUCAGGAUCCGUCUCGUUCCAACAAGCGACAGUCCAGGGAACUUUUGCGGACGCCGACACCAGAGACAGCGAAGAAGAAGAGGUUCUCGGGGCUCGGAAACAGACUGUUCAAGACUAGUAGCCAUUCGAAAAUGGAGGCGACGUCCGCAACUGAACAUUCAUCAAUCAUGGAUAGUAAUACUGCCCAGCGCGAACAGGGACAGCAGCUAUCCUCUCGACCGGUUAUGUCUCCACUGACGUACCAUCCAUCAUCUCAAGAAGCAGCUUACGAGCAGUAUGACAGCGGAUAUGGGCCGUAUCCACGUCCGAGUUCUGGUGUGGUAGAUCCGGGACAGGACCCCAGAUGGAGACAAUAUCCUCGUCGCAAUGUUCAACGCCCGCAGACAGAGUCGCCAAAUAUGGCUUCUCCAUAUCAUCAGCAGACAACACGGCCAAUCAGUUAUCCAUACCCUUCAGUUGACGCUCCUCAACAUCGCCAUGUGCAAGGACUGAGACAACCAGCAACAAGACCAUACGCGUCGACUCCAUCUCCACAUGCCGAUCCCAGCGAUGGAAACAGCCGUCCUGCUGAUCUCCGUAUUGACACUGGCGGCGGCGGUGGUGGAGGUAGAGGUACACUCAGCAACAAUGGUGGAACUGGUUACGUCCUGCCCGCCACGGCUCCUGCCCAGGUCUAUCCCACCGGUUCUAGCUUCUCAGCCGGGGCUGAUCCCGGACGUGCUGUCCCAUCAUACACUUCGGGAUCGUUGAGUCCCAGUGUGCCCACUGGCACCAUGCCAAUGGCUACAUCUGCGAUUACUGCCAACGACAAUAAUGAUAGUAUCGGUGUUGGCGCAGCGCCACACAGCAGCACACCGGUAGCCGCAGCAUAUCAUCAACAACUUGAACCCUAUGGUCCACGUCAACAGAAACCGCCGGUCCAAAAUGACCAGAGAGCCUACGUUCUCAAUCUCCACAAACGAUCACGCUCGCCUCGUCUUGGUAGGAAAACUUCGUCCGAUGAAGAUCUGAAUGUCACUGCCGGACGAGUCCGGCAAGCGUCUCCUGGUUCUGCAUCUCCACACGUGGAAAAAUUGGGCACGUUCAGUUCCAUGAAAAUCAGUCCUGUCGGAGGCAUUCCGCGCGCCGAAGAUGAUCAGGAACGACCGUUUGCAAUCAAUGUUCCGGGAUUGGAUAAUGACAAUGAUGACGCCGACAUUGACAACCAUGCAGGUGAAAGACACAAACACAGUGAGGUCUUGGAGAGCGGAAGGAAUCACGAAGAGGGCGCUGUGAAUCGUGGAGGAGUUGAAACUUCAGUCACUCUGGACGACCAAGUACAACCACCUCUCCAAAACCCAGAUCGAGACCGAAAUGUUGGAUUCGAGGAGGGUCAUCCGUCUGAUGAUAAUGUGGCGGACAGGCGCGGUGCACCAUUCCAUGCGCAGGUAACCCACACUGAAACGGAAACUCCGGGGAGGGAGAGGGGGAAUGAGGAAGAGGAAGAGUCUCGACUGUCUAGAGCCUCAGCCGGUCAUGGUGGAGUUCAAGUUUCUGGCGUUGCACAACGUGAUGCUGUCGGCGCCGGCGUCGGUGCUACGCCUACUGCUGCCAUCGGCAGUGGUGGUAGUAAAGGCGGCGGUGGUGACGAUGGUAAUAUCAGCCCCAGUCUCCCCCAAGGUCACGACGGUCGUCAAGUCUCACUCUCCGAAGAACUCAAAGCACAACUCGAAGCUGAAGAAAACGAUCAACACGGUCGUGGAAAUGCGCGUGAUCAUGUUCGCGACGUCACCGCCGGAGGCGUCGUGGCCGAAUUACCUGGCUCAGGAUAUGAAUCCGAUUCCGAAGAGGAGAUUUGUAUGUCUGCCACGGCGUAUCCGGGGCAGGAGUGGGUUCCUGUCGUGGUGGAUGUUGGUGAUGGACGAUGGGAUGAUUGA